CGAUACGUGGCCAUCUGUGACCCUCUGCAUUAUAACAUCAGAGUGACUGUGAAAAGAGUUCAACUUUGUGUUUGUCUGUGUUGGUUCUCAUCUCUUUCCUACUCGGGCGUCAUUUAUUACGAUCAGCUGAUGCAGCCGGGAAAGUAUCAUUCCUGCUAUGGGGAGUGCGUCAUCGUGUUUGACUUCACGACAGGAGUCGUUGACCUGGUGGUGUCUUUCCUCUUUCCGCUCUGCAGCGUCGUCAUGCUGUACACCAAAGUGUUUGUGGUUGCUGUGUCUCAGGCGAGAGCCAUGCGCUUGCACGCUCCACGCGGCAAACUCAAACACUCGCCGCCUUUCCGGGUAAAGAAAUCCGAGUUGAAGGCCGCCAGGAGUCUGGGUGUUCUCGUUGUCGUUUUUCUCCUGUGCUUCUGUCCGUAUUACGGUGUGUUUCUCGCACGUGAUUCCUUACGCAAUCACACCCUUCAAGUGUGCGUCAUCUACCUGUACUAUUUCAACUCGUGUGUGAAUCCCUUGAUAUACGCUUUGUUCUACCCCUGGUUUAGAAGAGCAAUCAAGCACAUUGUCACCCUGCGCAUACUGCAGCCUGGCUCCUGUAAGCUCAACGUACUCUAGAAUCAAUUUCAAG